UUUGUAAACGCCAAACCCUAAAUUUCUCUCUCACUCUCUCUCCCUAAAUCUCUCACUCUCUCCUCUCUGUGCAUCCAUCAAGGUUUUUUCCUCCGAUCGAAAAUGAGGGAAUGCAUUUCGAUCCACAUUGGUCAGGCCGGUAUCCAGGUUGGGAAUGCGUGCUGGGAGCUUUAUUGUCUUGAGCAUGGCAUACAGCCAGAUGGCCAAAUGCCAAGUGACAAAACAGUUGGUGGGGGUGAUGAUGCUUUCAAUACCUUCUUCAGUGAGACUGGAGCAGGGAAACAUGUUCCCCGAGCUGUUUUUGUUGAUCUGGAACCAACUGUUAUUGAUGAGGUGAGGACCGGAAGCUACCGCCAACUCUUCCAUCCCGAGCAGCUCAUCAGCGGCAAAGAAGAUGCAGCCAACAACUUUGCUCGUGGCCAUUACACAAUUGGCAAAGAGAUUGUUGAUCUAUGCCUUGACCGGAUCAGGAAAUUAGCUGACAACUGCACUGGUCUUCAAGGUUUCCUCGUCUUCAAUGCUGUGGGUGGCGGCACUGGAUCCGGCCUUGGUUCUCUUCUUCUUGAGAGGCUCUCUGUGGACUAUGGAAAGAAGUCUAAACUCGGAUUUACAGUCUAUCCCUCGCCACAAGUCUCCACCUCUGUGGUCGAGCCUUACAACAGUGUCCUCUCCACACAUUCCCUGCUUGAACACACCGAUGUGGCUGUUCUUCUCGACAACGAAGCCAUCUAUGACAUCUGCAGGCGCUCACUUGACAUUGAACGUCCAACCUACACCAACUUGAACCGCCUCGUAUCACAGGUAAUUUCAUCCCUUACCGCCUCGCUAAGGUUUGAUGGCGCCCUAAAUGUGGAUGUAACUGAGUUCCAAACCAACUUAGUACCAUAUCCGAGAAUCCACUUCAUGCUUUCAUCCUAUGCGCCGGUGAUCUCGGCUGAAAAGGCCUAUCACGAGCAACUCUCCGUUGCUGAAAUCACCAACAGCGCCUUUGAGCCAUCCUCCAUGAUGGCCAAAUGCGAUCCCCGCCAUGGCAAAUACAUGGCUUGCUGCUUGAUGUAUCGCGGCGAUGUGGUGCCGAAGGAUGUUAAUGCGGCGGUGGCCACCAUUAAGACGAAGCGCACGAUCCAGUUUGUGGACUGGUGUCCGACGGGAUUCAAGUGCGGAAUCAACUACCAGCCACCGACGGUGGUGCCCGGCGGCGAUCUUGCGAAGGUGCAGAGGGCUGUGUGCAUGAUCUCUAACUCGACGAGUGUGGCGGAGGUGUUCUCGAGGAUUGAUCAUAAGUUUGAUCUGAUGUAUUCGAAGAGGGCGUUCGUGCACUGGUACGUGGGCGAGGGAAUGGAGGAGGGCGAGUUUUCAGAGGCCAGAGAGGAUUUGGCUGCUCUUGAGAAGGAUUAUGAAGAGGUUGGCGCUGAAUCUGGGGAGGGUGAUGAGCCUGAAGAGGGUGAUGAUUACUGAUUAAUUUUUUUUUUCUUCUUAAUUUUUAAACUGUGUAGUGUUUGGUUGUGAGAGAGCUCUGUCGGUGUGUGUGGUUUGUGUUAAUUUUAUUGUUAUGUUUCUGUGUGUCUGUCUGGUGGAAAUGCUGCUGUGUCGUUUGAGUAAAUGCUUCUUCGAAGACUGCUUGCGCUAAGUUUGCUUUUGUUCAUUAAAUUGCUUUGUUGAUUUCAUUUUGGUAUAUUGUUCCUUUGUAAAUUAUAAUGGGUGGAGCAGUAAACUUAAAAAUUAUCUGAAGGUGCCUAAACCCUUCAAUUAAA